GCUCAAUUUCACUUGAUGAUGAUGUCACGUUUCAGAUACUGAAACAAAACUCAAAUGAACGGUAUGGAAUUGUGAUUGCAGUGCGGUGUUGUAAUUGUUCGACAUUGUAUGUAACAACAACAUUCCUCGCCACUAAUACCAACGUCGACCGAUCAUGUUCCUUGUCCCUUAGCCUCAGCGCGUACUAGUAGUUCCUCGCAAAUUCAUGAAACAGUAGGAUUUAAAACUGGAAAAGAUGGACACGUCGAAAUUGACGGAGCAGCAGGAGAUCCUGCCGGAGGAGAGCGGGACGACCGCCAAAGGACCAGCUCCGAGGUUCGAGGGUGAGCACGCGUCACCCGCCCCGGACGAGGACAUGAGCCCUGAUGGGAAAAACAAAAACCAGCGCCAGCGGGUCAACGUUGAUCUGCAGCCGAAUCAAGUACGCAUUGCAAAAAUGUCGUACUAGUGGCAAUUGCACUACAGAUUUUCUUGGUAUGAUGGUGUAAUUUCUCAUUUGUAGAAGGUAUAGAUGCUGACUCAGCUUGACACUUUUUUCAUGCAUACAUGCUUGCAAUACCAUUACUAACAGCAAUUUCCACGAGCAUGAUCAUACUUUUGAAAUGCAUAGCAAGACGACGAGUACGAUUUUGAGAACAACGAGCCUGAUUAUGAAAGUGCACAAACCUCUGUUUCCCCUUUCACCUCGUUUGCAGGGCAUGAGAAGAAAGACACGCAACGGCAGAUGCAGUUGCAGAAGGUGACGGAGAAGAUGAAGUGUCGCUUUGGCUUUUCUUGCAUAUAAUACAAGGACUGUAGUACUUUCGAAGCUGCUUCCGAAUUUUUUUUGAAGAUGUUGAUCUGGUUGUGGGCUCGGGCUUCUUGUUCUUUGUAUUUUGCAUCACAAAUUAUGAGGGGGGCGAGAGGGAAACACAUAGUUGUUCUUUGUCAUACUGACAUGUACGACCCGCGAGCGGACAAGGAGAAGGACGGGAUGUAUGAUCCACGCGCGUCCGGCAAGCGUUCACAGCCCUCGUCCCCGCAGCGAACGUCGUCUUCACCCGCAGCAAUCGUGCCGCGCGCAAAGAAGAUGAUGCGCGAGGCGCCGCCGCCCGAAGAACCCGUACACGACGAAGGCGACACUGACAAAAACGUCGUCGAAAAGGCUAACGCCACAGCAGCAGGGUCAGCAGCUGUAGAAAGUCUCGAAAAGGAAGACCACAAGCAAGCCAAAAUUAAAGCUGAAGCCGCGUCAUCGCCACAGCCGGCCACAGGAGAAGAUGUUGUGGUUCCGCGGCCCAAGAAGCGCAUGAUGAAGGAAGCGGCGCCACCGGAAGAAGUCCAAGAAGUCCAAGUCGUGGCCCCGGAGGAUGUAAAGGACGACCAGCCCCCCGCCGUGGUUGCCCCCAAGCCCAAGCGCAUGAUGAAGGAAGCGGCACCGCCGGUCAUGCUGGAGGAAGCUCCUACGCGGGAGACCAAUGAGCAGCAGGGAGAGGGACGGCAGAAAUUGAAUUACUCUGCGUUUGCUAGCAGCGGAAAUAGUACCACGACCGGGCUGCAACAUAACUGGAAAAAGCGCGGGGGCGCAGGUACGGGUGCAAACGAUAUCCCGCUCGGAGGCGCCGGCGGGGGCUCUUUUACUACAACUGGAGCUGCGAAGCUGCAACAGGAAGAAGGAGCAGGCAACAGCGCCCACGGAAACGAGAAAGAUCGACCGAAAUCUCCCUCCAUCCCGCGCCCGGCUGCGGCCCGGCGUGCGCGGUCUGGGGAGCGUCAACGCCAGCGGCGCAGCCGCAGCCGCGGCGGAGGACAACAUCAGCCGAUCGAUCGGGAUCGCGAUCGCCAGCGCGAGCGCGAACGCCGCAGCAGGGAUAGAAGAGACGGUCGCGGCGAGGA